GUGCCGAAUUAAAAAGAAGAUGGCUACGAUAGUCCGCGUAAAACGACGGCGUGCUGAUGAACCAGUUGAAAACAUCGUCGUUUCUUGUAAAAGAAGGAAAAAUGACACGGAAGAUUCCAAUUUACAGAGUAGUUUAAAGUUUGCCGGAACUGCCAAGUCACGGGAUGAUGUAUCCAAACAUAUUCGUGAUGCUAUCAGAAAAGACAAGCUUCAGAAGGAGUAUAAACAGCACCAUGUGGAUGUAUCGGACAAAACUCGACAAAACCACAGACAGCAGGUGAAGGCAGCUAGGUUCAAGGUCACCUCUAGUUUCAGGGCCAUAGCUCUAGACAAUUUAGAUCUUCCACAAGAUGAAACAGACAUUGAGAACAAAGAAAAUCAGGAACCUACUACAAGUGAAGAAGGGGCUGCAGGUAGCUCUGUAGUGGUGAACAAAGCUGGAAGCAGUGCCAGUGAAAACCAGGCUAGCAGUAGUGUAUUUCGUUUAUAUGAUGUUGAGGCUGCAGGUGGGUCAAGGACGCCGCCAACUUACGAGUCUGUCGUACAGCAAUCUCAAAGCAGCAGCGGUAUCACCUGUAAUGCUGUCCCCCUAGUACAGGAAAGGGUUCCCCAGUCCACAGCAUCACAGGACGAGGAUUAUGUGUAUGACCUUUACUUUACAAACAAUAGAGACUUCAGCUUCAAACUCCUGGAAAAUGCAUUGACAAUCGAGGCUUUUGGGAGUGAUUUUGUUCAUGAUUACAUGCCACAUCGGGAGGAUGAAGAGGUUUAUGAAGAUGAAGAUGACAGCAAUGAUGAGGACAAUUGGAGGAAUGACUAUCCAGAUGAAGAUCCCCACAUUGUGGACAACCAGCUGGACUCAGACUAUUUCUAUAGUGGUGAUGUGGUCGAGAGACAAGCCUUUGGUGACGCUGGCGAUGCAGGAUUGGCCGAGUGGAUGCAUACUCGCUGUAACAUAGAGGAUGCAGAUGAGCUGUCAAGUGGAGAAGAAGAUUCUGCCUACUCUGGUGAGCCUCUGAACCCCGUCUCAACCAGCAACAGUUACCAAAGUUACUACCGCAAAGUGUGUAGAGAAAUGGAGGAUGGAGAAGGCCACAGUCCUCCAGAUGAUGAUAAUGAUGAAAAUGACUGAGAGAUUGCAUUAUUGGGCAUCGACUGUAGAUCAAAACCUGUCAAUAUGGACGGGAUAUAGUGGAUGUUGUCAGCGGAAUAGUCCCAUUGUGUAGCCAGAUGAAAUGACUUGUCGAGUACAUGGCCACGCCAUACCUCAUACAAGACAAUGCAAUCUACGUACCUUCAAUGGGAAGAACUGUUUAGCAUACACUUUUUGGACUCGGGUCAAGUUUACCUGAAGACCAUCUAAAUACUCUUAACAUUCUUGUCCAAAGUAUGCAGCUCACACUCCUCUCCAGUGAGAAAUACUUGAGGAGAGUUGAACCGAUUAGCUAAAUGAGAUUUGUCUGUUCAUAAAUGUUUAUCGACAUAUUUCUAGUUUUAUAGCUCUGAUUGACCUUUUUAAAUAGUCUAAAGGAUUGACAUUUUUUCAUAAAGGUCCGAAGAUUCUGAAUGUACAAUAGAGCCCUGUUGUUUGUACUGCAAUAUCACACAUCAAUGGACGCUCUUAAGUUCCGAGUCUUAAGAUUGUGAGUAGGAUUGUUGUUUUUGUUGAAUAUCAAACAUGCCACUAUUACCACUUACUAUUUACACACAUAUUGUAUAGAGCUGUUGUGAUGUAUUCAACUAAGGACUAAUCAAGUUUUUAAAUUAGUAUAUGAUAUUUAUAUAUAUGUUUGUGGAUUUUGUGUACCGGCAUCUUUCUUUUAAAGCAGACAAAACCUGUUUUAAUGUUGAUAAUCUUGUUAUAUAAAAUGUAUUUUAGAAUGUCGCCUCCGAUAAAGUGGAAUGUCUCCCCCAAGAAUAAAAAAUGAACAUAAUAUU